AUGGCAUCAACAAAGAGGCAACAACAAGAGGACUUGAUAAUAGAUUUACAAGGUUCAAAGAUACUUGAAUGGUUGUUGGAUAGAAAGAAGUUGCCACAACAUUGGAAGAGGAACUCACCAGCAGUUCGCAAGCUAAUAGAUGAUGCUAUCAAGGUUGCACCACCUAUUAAACAACAACAUCAAUCACUAACAGCCGAUGAUCUAAACUAUUUGAUCUGUCAAGAUAUCUUACAAGACUACUUGUCUGCACCCAACGGUUCAAGCAAGACACUGUUUGGUAGUUACUCGAACCCUGCCACUCAAAAGUGGAGCGAUAUCAUCAAGGCCUACCAGAAGGAUUCACUUCACAUUGGUGACCUAUGUCAGCAAUUCACACAAGCUAUCAACUAUGAUGUACCCAACUUGAAGAAGACUAUUGAGAAGUCAUUAAAGUCACUUGAUGAUUAUAACAAGAGAGAACAGGAACUUAAUAAGAGCAAGACUGCAUCACAGAAUAUGUUGAAGAAGGCUUGUCAAGACCUUGGUAUACAGGGUGAUAGUAUCAGAGAUGAGAUCAUCGUGUUGCCAAAGAGUCUUGAAACAAUGUUUGGCGAGGUCAUCAAGCAGCUCAACAACGGCGAUAUGAUCAAGAUCAUAUCAUUCUAUCAAGAGGUCAUCAAAGCAACAAGUGUUGAACUAAAGGAUGAGAUACUACCAUUGACAAACAUGUUGGUUAAGAAUGGAAACAUCACAUUGGCUGAGAGGGAGGCGAUAUUGGACCCAGCAUAUAGACCACCAGCAUCAGCACAAUCAAACUCACAGCAACAGACGUCAACUGAUGCCAGCACCGGCACCGGUGGCGGUAUCAACUGGGACAUUGACCUAGUUGAUGAGACCCCGGUGGAUGUCGCCGUUCAGGAGAUCAAGUGGGACGAGGACUUCUCUGUGAUCGAUACAUCAAACACGACUGACCAGAUAUUGGAUGACUUCUCAAUGAUGGAAGCGAUAGAGAUCGUCGACGAAUCACAGUCUCCCGCACUUGUCAGCUCAAGCGAGCCUGUCGCCGUCGUUGCUGAUUUGAGUGCAGACAAUGGUGCCCCGGUAUCAGAGUCGCGCAAGAAGGCCAAUGAGAACCCGAACGAAUCAAUACUUGGUGAUAGACAGCUGCGUAACCUGUUCCUGGACGAACUGUACGAGUUGGAGAUGUUCCUUAAGCAUCGUACUGCUGAGAUGCAGGCACCCGAGCAUGUGUUUGGCAUUGAUCAGUUGUCCAUCGAGUCGACCAACCUGGAGCAAUGCAAAACAUACCUCAAGACAAUCACCUCCAUCAUCGCAGCACUCACCAAUCACAAGAUCAAGCAUGUACUUGAGAUCAAGUCAAGCAAGAAGUACAUCGACAGACUGGUACUCCAGUUCUCCCAGAAACAAUUCAAUAUCGCCAAGAACACUCAAUUGAUUGUUGAUCUGGACACCAAACGACAGGAAGCCAAUCAUACUUUGUUAGACUCUCGAAAGAAGCUGGAACAGCUUACAAAGGAUACCAGACAGCUAAAGUCCAGAUUGGAGAAGUUGCUCGAGGAGAUACUCGAUGGCAAGCAAGCUAACAUCAUGAUACCAAAUGUAUUCUAA